GCGAGCUUUUCGAAGGUGGCAGUCUUCCUUUAAUCAAAUCAUAGCCUUAGAGAAAUCUAACCUAAAAGUUUUUAUACGAUCUAACCCAAAAGAAUAUAUUGCCGCCAAGAGGUAAGGAGGUUGUGAAUAUCAAACUACUAUUAGAUUGACUGACAUCGAAUUUGUCAUUUAAGUGCAAGGCAAUUCUGGCGCACUAAUUGGUUCAAAAAUUUUCCAAGGGCGGAGUGGGCGUUUUAUUUUUAAAAUUGGCAAUCAUCAACAGUAAGAAGAGGAUCGAAGAAGAGGAUCCAGCUGAACAAGAGUGGUGCCCGACUACACAUGGUCGUGGCUCAAUAGGGGUUGGUGUGCGCUCUGCAAAUCUGGUGUCAUCUUGAGCACAUUGUGCAGCAGGACCUCUCAGACCAGCAACCAUGGGUUGCACUAUCAGCACAAUGGACAAAGAGGCAGCUGCCAUCUCACGCAAGAUUGACAAGGACCUGCGAAUGGCUGGCGAGCAGGCUGCCCGGGAGGUCAAACUACUCCUUCUCGGAGCGGGAGAAUCAGGCAAGAGCACCAUUGUGAAGCAGAUGAAGAUCAUCCAUGAGUCGGGCUACAGCCGAGAGGAGUGUGAGCAGUACCGGCCGGUGGUGUUCAGCAAUACCAUUCAGAGUCUGAUGGCUAUCAUCCGCGCCAUGGGUCAUCUCAGGAUAGAGUUCGCUGACUCGAUGAGGAAGGACGACGCGCGGCAGUUUUUCACGCUGGCCUCGGCCACUGACGAGGGUGUGAUGACGCCCGAGCUGGCGCACAUCAUGCGCCGUCUGUGGGCCGACGGCGGCGUGCAGGCCUGCUUCCUCCGCUCCCGCGAGUACCAGCUCAACGACUCGGCCGCCUACUACCUGAACGCGCUCGACAGAAUAUCCAAGAGCAACUACGUGCCCACCCAGCAGGACGUGCUGCGCACGCGCGUCAAAACCACCGGCAUCGUGGAGACCAAGUUCAGCUUCAAAGGACUCAACUUCAAGAUGUUUGACGUCGGUGGCCAGCGCUCGGAGCGGAAGAAGUGGAUUCACUGUUUCGAGGGCGUCACCGCCAUUAUCUUCUGCGUGGCCAUGUCGGCGUACGACCUGGUGCUGGCGGAAGACGAGGAAGUAAACCGAAUGAUCGAGUCGAUGAAGCUGUUCGACUCCAUCUGCAACAACAAGUGGUUCGUCGACACAUCCGUCAUCCUGUUCCUCAACAAGAAGGACCUGUUCGAGGCCAAGAUCGCCCGCAGCCCACUCACCACCUGCUUCCCGGAGUACAACGGAGCCAGCACGUAUGAGGAGGCUGCGUCCUACAUACAGCUGAAGUUCGAGAACCUCAACAAGCGCAAGGGGUUGAAGGACAUCUACACCCACUUCACGUGCGCAACAGACACCAACAACAUUCAGUUCGUGUUCGAUGCCGUGACAGACGUGAUCAUCAAGCACAACCUCAAGGACGUGGGCCUGUUCUAACGGACUGGGGCGCCACACCGGCGCACACGACCGCCGGUCCACCCUCCCGCCAGUCGGGCCAGAACUCAGUGUGCCGGGCCGGCGUAUCGUAGCGUAGCGCGGCAGAGCGCAGUCGCACGCGACUGAGUCCGACCGGUCGCCUGCCGCGGUAGCGCCGACAGUGCCGUGGACUUGUCGGAGCGUCAUGCUGCCUGCGGCGUUUUCCGCUUAGUUUGAGGUGCGUUGAAACGUGCUAAAGCGUGCUGAAGUCUUGCAAGAUGAGAUUAUAGAAAGGGAGCGCCCACGACUAUAGAUUGCCCUUCUGUGCCUGCUGGGGACCAUAUUCGCCGAUGUUCAUGCCAUGUGUGAAGAAUUGGACGCACAUUUCGCCCGAAACUGCCGCUUGGCGUUAUCGCUGUUCCUUGGAUUUGCGACGCUGGGGAAUUAGCUACAAACAAACUCAGCUUCGGCGACUCUGGGAUCGCCCUGUGUAGUCGUGGCGAUGUCAGGGGCGAAUAACGCUACGGGAAGUGUGUGCUGAGAGACUGAUCGAGGCUGCCGCCAUGGUUCAGCGGACCGUCGAGUAGUGACUGUGUGUAUGUGUGUGUGUCGGACCGCGGUCUUCUCGGUGCUUGUGCAUGGAGGCACCUUCAGUGGUCGGCGGUGCUGAGGCGAGGCUUGCAAUAUCCUUGCGUACCAUUCUAGCCCGUGUGGCACUCAAACGCCCACGAAUGCUGCAUGCCGAUAAUAGGGGAUAAUAUGUAGGAAUUUGGGCGUCGUUCCUCGCUCCUACUGUAGAGGUGGACGCCGUACUUUUGUAAGUCUAGGCCGUCUCACAUGCGUCGAAUAGGGAACCGGUGCCUUCCCUCAAGUGCCUCUCUAAAACGAAAAUCGGUGCCCAUCGUGCAACCGCGUCUUCCACGGCGGGGCAGUGCUACUGCUGAUGACAUUUUACCUCGUGAUCUCUGUUUUGGCACUCGUUUUCUGCAUUCCCUUUGAUACAUUCGACUUUGCGAAACGGCUUUUUUACCUGUCGAUAUUCGGUUCGUUCGUUUUCACGUGUAUGUUUCCAAGCUCGUGUAUCCAGUUUGUAAGAAUAUUGUAAUGAAGUGUAAUAAAGUCUAGCUCGACUUUUA